CACACACACACACACACACACACACACACACACACACACACACACACACACACACACACACACACACACACACACACACACGCACACAACAAUAAAAACUAAUAUACACAACAUUUUUUACCCAUAACCACCAUAUUGAACAAUUAUUGACAGGUCAUUGUAAUAUAGUAAUAUCCAAUCAGAGCACGUAUAACGUUUCAUCUGCGCCUAGCCUAGCACCAAGACUUUUGAUCCUGAAUAUUUCAAGAUGACGUCCUUUUUAAACUUUGUGACUCAAUCAUUUCCUUACAAUGCGCUCAAAUCGUCAGAUUAUUGAAAUAUACACUGUUUUUCAUGUACUUAACUUACCUUGUCUUAAUGUGACUCGCUUGAGUUUUUCUGAGGGAGAUUUUUUUACUAACUGCACUCAACGAACGCCCCUGUAUUAAGUGUACAUCUAUGAUAGGGGUACAUUACAGGGUACAAAGUUUCUCCCCAUAUGAUUUUCUGACGGGCUUGAGAAGCGUGCAAAAUCGCCGCUUGGGCUCCUCUACCAUAAGUAUCUUAUUGUAUCUACAGGUCCAUGAGCUAUUUGAAAUUUGAAAGCAAAUUCAUAUAAAUUUUCCACAUCAAAAAACUAUCCCUGAUAUUAUCAAUUACUGUUAUACUAACCUUUAUAUUUAUUUUCUGUUUCAGAUAUUUAAUGAAUAAAAUUGUGUCAUUAAUAAAGUCAACGCAGUAUAUUUUUAAAUAUGGAUGAGAUUCCACUCCAUUUAGCAGCAAAAUUGGGAAACCUAGAUGAAGUUCAACAGUUGAUUGAAGGAGGAGCAAUAAUUAAUGAAGCACGUUCCGAUGGCUUUACGGCACUACAUCUAGCUACAGACUUGAAACACAUGGAAGUAGUCAAAUAUUUGUUGGCACACGGUGCAGACGUAAACGCAAUCGAAACAUCUGAGAGGUGGAGUCCGUUACAUUUCGCUACUGCUAAUAAUGAUCCUGAAAUGAUUCGAUUAUUAACAGAAGCGGGAGCAAAUAUGCAGUGUACAAGUAACAAUGGAUACAUGCCUAUACAUGCUGCAGCCAGAGAAGGAUAUCUAGAAAUUGUAAAGUAUUUUUUAGAAAAAGGAAUAGAUGUAAAUGUUAAAGUGCAUCGCAAAAAUUCCGUUGGCUUUACGGCACUACAUAUAGCUGCAGAAUUCAAACACACGGAAGUAGUCAAAUAUUUAUUGGCACACGGUGCAGAUGUAAACGCAUCCGUAAAGGGGUGGAGUCCUUUACAUUAUGCUACCUACAAUAAUGAUCUUGAAAUGAUUCGGUUAUUUACAGAAGCUGGAGCAAAUGAACAAUGUUCAAAUAACGAUGGAUGGAAACCUAUUCAUAUUGCAGCCAGAAAAGGGUAUCUAGAAAUUGUAAAAUAUUUUUUAGAAAAUGGGUUAGAUGUAGAUAUUACAAUUAAAAAGAACAAAAAGACCCCUAUUCAUCUGGCUGCCCGUUGGGGUCACAUCGAAAUAGUAGAUUACUUACUGUUAAAUAAGGCUAACGUGUGUCUCAAAGAUUGUCAGAAACGGAAUUCAAUUCAUCAUGGUGUUUUAGGAGGGAAUGCCAAAAUUGUUAAAAUCCUUCUAGAAAAAGGAGCUGAUAUAAAUGCUAAAGAUAUAUUAAAGUUGACUCCUUUACAUUUAGCUUGUCGAGACGGGUAUUUAGAAAUUGUCCAUUUACUUUUAAAAAAAGGUGCAGUGUGUAACCUUCAGGAGAGAUCCCGAAAUAAUUCUCCACUCCAUUUGGCAUCUGAAACCGGAUGUCUAGAAACUGUAAAGUAUUUUAUCGGUCUAGGUGCAGACGUGAAUUUCGGUACAAAUCAAGAAUAUACUCUUCUGCAUGCAGCUUGUAAAUGGGAUAAAAUUGAAAUGGUUAAAUUUUUGAUUGAAAAUGGUGCAGAUGUUAACAAGAAAACUCUACCCAAAGGAGCUACUCCACUAUAUUUUGCGAUAAGGAAUAUGUACCCAGAAGUUUCAGAGUUCUUACUUCUAAAUGGAGCUGAUCUAAAACAAGCUCAAUAUAAAGGCAACUGUCCUUUAUGGAUAGCUUUAAAACAUAUGUCAGGUGAUUAUCCAGAGGCAGAACAUACAAAGUAUAUGGUACUUGCAAAAGUAAUAAUUAAAUACACGGUGUUAAUUUACAAUCAUGUCGAAACAAUUAUUCCCGAUGGUUGUCCUUUCGUCACAGAAUUAUUGCAAUACUAUAAUGACUGCCAGAAAGAAAUAACACGUAUGAGGAGUGUAAUAAUAAAGAACAGUACUGUUUCAUUGUAUCAAAUAAUUUGCGACUCCAAUAAAGGUAACGCGUUUAUUGAAUAUCUACGUAACGACAAAAUUAAAAUCGAGUUACAAAAUAUUGAAGAUUACCUUAAAGACUUUUCGAUAUAUGGCAAUAUUCUUCCGUUGGUACAACAUUGGGUUAAGGAAGGCUUUCAAAGGAUCGAAUUACUUUCAGAUGCUGACAUAAUAAUGAACCAAAUUGCGCCUAAGUUACCAUCAGAAAUAAGUUGGAAAAUAUUCGACUACUUAAACAUGACUGAUCUUAAAACUGUGAUACAAUCAGAUUUAUUCAAAUAAAAAUGAUUUUUUGUU